AGGAGCAGGAGCCGGAGCAGGAGCAGGAGCAGGAGCAGGAGCAGGAGCAGGGAGAGGGAAGAGGGGAGCAGGAGCAGGAGGAGCAGGAGGAGGAGGAGCAGGAGCAGGAGCCGGGAGAGGGAGAGGGGAGAGAGGAGCAGGAGCAGGAGCCGGGAGAGGGAAGAGGGGAGCAGGAGCAGGAGCCGGAGCAGCAGUCGGAGCAGCAGUCGGAGCAGGAGCCGGGAGAGGGGAAAAGGGAGCAGGAGCCGGAGCAGGAGCCGGAGCAGGAGCAGCAGUCGGAGCAGCAGUUGGAGCAGCAGUCGGAGCAGGAGCCGGAGCCGGGAGAGGGGAAAAGGGAGCAGGAGCCGGAGCAGGAGCCGGGAGAGGGGAAAAGGGAGCAGCAGCCGGAGCAGGAGCCGGGAGAGGGGAAAAGGGAGCAGCAGCCGGAGCAGGAGCCGGAGCCGGAGCCGGAGCAGCAGCCGGAGCAGCAGCCGGAGCCGGAGCCGGGAGAGGGGAAAAGGGAGCAGCAGCCGGAGCAGGAGCCGAAGCCGGAGCAGCAGCCGGAGCAGGAGCCGGGAGAGGGGAAAAGGGAGCAGCAGCCGGAGCAGGAGCCGGAGCCGGAUCCGGAGCAGCAGCCGGAGCCGGCGCCGUGCGCGGGCGGACGCUGCCACCGUGCGGGCGCGGCAGGGACGGCGGGGCCGCGGGCACCGCGCUGCGGGCGGGGCCGGCGCUCGGAGCUCGCCCUCGGAGCUGCCAGGGCCAGGCGGCCUCUGCUGGAGGGUUACGCGGCGGCUCUCAGGUGGAUUUCAGGGAACAAGCCGCGGAGCCCGGGCCCGGCACUUGGAGAUGGAAGCGGCCCCGCAGCUGGAGGCGGUGGGGCAGCCGCGCUCCGAGCCGAGCCGGGGCCGGGAGCCGGGGCAGGGAGAGGGGAGCCGGGAGAGGGGAACCGGGAACCGGAGCCGGGAGCCGGGGCCAGGAGCAGGGAGAGGGGAGAGAGGAGCCGGGAACCGGGAGAGGGGAGUCGGGGCCGGGGUCGGAGCCGGGACAGGGGAGCCGGAGCCGGGAGAGGAGAAAGGGGAGCCGGGAAUCGGAGCCGGAGCCGGGAGCCAGAGCCGGGAGCCAGAGCCGGGAGAGGGGAGCAGGAGCCGGGGCCGGGAGAGGGGAAAGGGGAGCCGGGAAUCGGAGCCGGAGCCGGGAACCAGAGCCGGGAGAGGGGAGCAGGAGCCGGGGCCGGGAGAGGGGAAAGGGGAGCCAGGAGCCGGGGCCGAGAGAGGGGAGCAGGAAUCGGAGCCGGGAGAGAGGAAAGGGGAGCCGGGAGCCGGGAGCCGGAGCAGGAGCCAGAGCCGGGAGAGGAGCAGGAGCAGGAGCCAGAGCCGGAGCAGGAGCCGGGAGAGGGAAGAGGGGAGCAGGAGCAGGAGCAGGAGCCGGGAGAGGGAAGAGGGGAGCAGGAGCAGGAGGAGCAGGAGCGGGAGCCGGGAGCGGGCAGAGAGGAGCAGGAGCCGGAGCAGCAGCCGGAGCAGCAGGAGCAGCAGCCGGAGCAGGAGCCGGGAGAGGGAAGAGGGGAGCCGGAGCAGGAGCCGGAGCAGGAGCAGCAGCCGGAGCAGCAGUCGGAGCAGGAGCCGGAGCAGGAGCCGGGAGAGGGGAAAAGGGAGCAGGAGCCGGAGCAGGAGCCGGAGCAGGAGCCGGAGCCGCAGGAGCAGCAGCCGGAGCAGGAGCCGGGAGAGGGGAAAAGGGAGCAGGAGCCGGAGCAGGAAAAUUGCCCGGUUAAGUUUUAAUUAA